AUGGCCGAUGAGCCGUACCGCCGCUUUGCCAGCCUCGCCGCAUCUGCGGCCUUUGUGACGCUGGCGGUCAUACUGAUGUGGCUGUCAGCAGGUGGCUGGGACCUCAGCGGCAGCAAAGGCACGGCGAUGAAGUCCGAGCUGUGCAAUCACACUCGCCACCUUCCAGAUGGCAGGGACCUGUUCCAGAUGGUAUGUGCAUUCGGUGGUACGGAGAGAGCAUUCAGCGGAAUACACGACCACAAGGAGUUCAACGGCAGUGGAGUUUACCGAUGUGCGUGUUGCGGCGCCCCAUUGUUUCCAUUGGAUGCGAAGUUCAACUCCGGAACAGGCUGGCCAAGUUUUACAGCUCCUGUCACGGAUGCCAUGGGAUAUCGAAAGGAUAUUCUGCAGUAUGGCAGCACGGAAGUUCACUGCAGCACAUGCGGCGCUCAUUUAGGCCACGUAUUCGACGACGGACCACCACCUACAGGACUUCGCUAUUGCAUAAACAGUGCAUGCCUGUGGUAUGACGAGUUCGCUUCAGCUAUUGUGGCCGCGAGUUCUCCGUGGAUUCUAAACGCAUAUUUGGUUCUGCUCCUGCUCACUGGGUGCUGCGCAAGCUGCUGCGUGUUCAGCAAGCAUGCAGUGGUCGUGGCGCAGCCAUACCUGCAAAAGCCAAAGGCAGAUCGUGUUGAUGUUGAGGCGACGCCUGUGCCGAGGGCCAACGCUUUUGCAGACGCCUGA